AUGGAGAGAGUCGACAGCUCAACAGACGCGACACAAGAACAACAGAGCACCAGCAGCAAAAUUCUGGAGGACCUCUGCCAAAACCUCCUGAAUUUGAAGACGGAGAACCGGGAGCUGGCAAAUGAAAAUGCCUUUCUGAGGGAGCUGAAGUCUGAAAACCUCGCCCGGUUGGAGCUGGUGAAUGAAAACACUGCCCUGAAGAAACAGAUCCACACUAACAACCUCACCUGGAAAACAGAGAGAAACAAGAUGAUGAAGGAGAUCGAGUCUUUGACCGCACAUCUGUGUAAGUGCAAUUGGGACUUGACCACCUUGAAUCAACAACUAAUCUCUGCAAAGGCCAGAGAGAAGGAGCUGAAGAAGGAGCUCAGAGAGAUGAGGCUCCAAGUAAAGGAGGGAGAGGUCGACUGCCCGAGUGAAGAUCUCCAACAGGCUGAGAGAGAGAAAUGUCAAGAUCUAGAGAGCUAUGAGGAAAAGCGAGGGAUCAGCAUCCUCCUACAUUGGGCCAGCUCAGAGAAACAGAAACCGAUGGGAACGUUGGAGGAGACGUCGUUCAUCAAGCAGGAGGAGCUCGCCUUGAAGAAUGCCAAGCAGAGGAUAGGGGAGGAGAAACAGAAAAGAAAUGAGAUGAAGAAGAUGGAGAGAAAAUAAAUA